CCCUUCCUGGAGCGUGACCCCCCUCCCUUCUCGAUUGAGCCCUGUGGAUACUGGUCCGUUGGUGCAGGACGAUGGAGGAAAGCGUCAAACCGGUGCCCAAACACGCAAACCAUCGCCGCAGCUCGGUCAGAUCCAGCCUGUACGGAGAUGUUCGUGACCUAUGGAGCACGGCCACGAUGUCCACAGCGAAUGUGUCGGUAUCCGACGUCUGCGAGGACUUCGACGAAGAGGGCAAAUCUGUAAGAAACAGGAUUCGCAAGUACAGCCAGACCAUUUCUAUUAGGGACAGCCUCAACCUCGAGCCAGAGGAGAUCCAGCAGCAAGCACGUCGAGAGCUUGAACUGUGCCAUGGCAGGUCCUUGGAGCAUGGGGAGGACCACGAAGAAUCUGAGACCUCCUUAGCAUCGUCUACUUCAGAAUCACUAAUAUUCAGCCUAUGGAAGCCACAUCGAACCUACUGGACAGAGCAGCAGAACAGGCUGCCUCUGCCUCUGAUGGAGCUCAUGGAGACUGAAGUUCUGGAUAUUCUCAAAAAAGCCCUCAUCACAUAUAGGUCCACGAUUGGCAGGAACCACUUCAUGACUAAAGAGCUGCAGGGAUACAUCGAAGGGAUCAGGAAGCGCAGGAACAAGAGGCUGUACUUUUUGGAUCAGUGAACCUCCAGCUCAAGUGGCCGACGAGACGUCCGCUCCGUGUCCUUUCCGGUCCCUCGAACCCAAGCUCAACCUCAUCUGCAUGGAAUUUGAAUCCUAGAGAAAUUAAAGAGUCUAUGCAUGGUCCC